AUUGACAGUCACAUACUAUCGCUAGUGCUUCAUCCAAACCCAAGAAGUGUUCUCAAGAAAAACGUGACCAUGACUUUUAACUACAGCCGUAAGGAUAGGAUUUUCUCAGGGCAAGUUCAGCGUUAUUGUGCAUUUUGGAAAUUCACUACAAGUUCGAUAUCCUCCUCUGGCUCAUGGUCAACGGAAGGAUGUACAGCGGUCUCAUCUGACAAUCACGUGACCACAUGUAGCUGCAGCCAUUUGACAAACUUUGCGAUACUGAUGCAAGUUACUCCAAAACCUCCCAUAUCGCCCACCGACUUGUUCGUCCUUGACCUGCUGGCGUAUAUCGGACUCAGUCUCUCUCUGCUCGGCACCACUCUCACCAUCUUGGCUUAUCUGCUGCUCACUGACCGCACAUGCCAGCAGACGCAGAUUCGAGUGAACCUCGUGUUCUCGCUGUGGGCGGCUCAUCUCUUGUUCCUCACCGCGAUUGACGCCACACGAUACACAAUUGUUUGCGUGACAGCGGCAGCAAUGCUUCAGUUGUUCCUCAUGGCCGCGUUAUUCUGGAUGUUGUUGGAGGGAAUCCAACUCUAUUUACAGCUCGUGCGCGUCUACAACGCCGACAUGAACCUCAAACUGUGCUACCUAUUCGCCUGGGGUAUCCCGGUUCUCGUGGUUGGGAUCUCACUUGCCGUUGUCGGUGGGAGCCCUCGAGGUAUUCAGAGCUACACUCAAUUAAAAGCUUGCUGGAUAUCGUACAAUCACCAUGUCAUCUGGACUGUUGUCGUGCCCGCAGCACUCGUUAUUGUGAUCAACAGCAGCAUAUUCUUUCGCGUCCUAAAGGAGUUAUCCAACAUAAGCAAGAGACAGAAAAGAGCGCAGGAUAGCUACUCCAUAGUGCGUAACCUGAAGGCGUGCCUUGUGCUCUUCCCCGUCCUGGGGAUCACGUGGUCUAUUGGAUUCAUCAACAUGCUGGAUGCAGGCGUGGUUACCAUGUACCUGUUUACAAUACUCAACUCUGUGCAGGUAAUAAGUGAGGUUUACUGACUGACUGAGAAGUGAGAUUGACCUAC